AUGGAAGGCUACCUGGAUUAUUUGGAAAAGACCGGUCGUCGUGGGCUUCGGAAUAAAAUUUGGGUGCGCCGGUUUUUUAAGGUUAACUUACCAUUUAAUGUGCUUGAGAUUUUCGCGGACGAGACGCAGUACGAGCGUAGAGGAAGGCUUGACCUUCGUGGAGCUGUUGUGUCUACUGCCGAUGAGCUCGGUGAACUGCUGAACGAACAUAAAAUGGCAGCAGAAAUGUCAAGAAGAUUUAUUUUUAGAAUUACAGAUAGCGGCAAAAAGCAUCACUACCUGUGUUCCGAUAUCAAUGGUAACGCGAUUCCAGCUUUAACAACCUAUAAAUUGGCAUCUAUGGCCCGCAUAUAUAUGGAGAAAUGGCUCUAUUCUCUUCGGCGAACAAUUGCUGCUGGAAAGGAAACCUUAGACGCUACGAUUGAAUUUGGUAAGUUCAAUUCCCAGAUUGCUGCCUUCCUGAAUAAAAUGCAUAUAUCUGCUCGUAUUUCCGAUCGCGUUUGUAAAAUCGGGCCGUCCAUGUAUGAAAUAACAAUCAAGGCGUGGAUUUUAGAGCGUGAGCUGACAAACGAAGACGAAAAUCAAGAAAUAUACUGUAGCGCUCGCAAUCAGCGAAAUUUUGGUGACCUGUCAUGGCAGAUAGCGGAAUAUGCAUGCUCUUGGAAGGUUAUGAAGUCCAAAGCAGAACUUCAAAACUUUGAUGGAAAAAUUCAGCAAUUUAUUGGCUCAGACAUGCUCAAUUGUGUCUUUCCCUCACAUGCUAUUGGGAAAACAUUUCACAUGUUUCAUCUCCACGCAUCUGCCGCUCAAAAGGCGGUUCAGAAAAACCAGCAUAUCCAGGUUUACGAUACAUAUCUGCAAUCUCUCUUGCUUUUACCUGAGCUGUCAAUGUUCGGAAGUGAUGCCAGCAAACUUUUUGACAAUUUUUUUGAUGUCUCCCCCCAUCUUGUCUCAUUCCGGAAAUUGGAGAAGAAAAGUGGGUUAAGCAUGCACCUUCAUGACCGCAAAGUAGUGCCGUGGAUUAACCGUGAGCGAUUUGAGGUUGUCUAUGAGAUGCACCGGCAGGGAAUGGCCGCGCAGAAAGAAAAAGCACAUCGUUGUUCGAUCGGUUCGACUGCUCAAAUUGAUAAGCCAGUGACGAGACACUGCCACAAUUGCAGUCCAUAUCGUAAGCAGAAUAAUUCGGAGGCAGGGGGCUUUGAAGACUUGGAAAAUUUGGGCACCACUCUACCAGCGCCAGUGAAGUUAAGUGCUGCAACUGAGAAACAGAGGACACGCCCCAGAGAAGCAGUCGAAGAUCGUAUCGCCCGAAUUGGCCACCUCCUUAUUAUUGAAGCAUUUGAGACUUAA